CAAGCCCAUUUCGUUUUUUCCGUGCCUUUUUGCUCCUGGCGCCCGUGUACGCACCGCGAUCUUUGGCCUAACGAGAAGCGAAAGAACAUGGCAGACGCAGAAGGCGUACAACAAGAGCUACAGGACUAUCUGCAGAAGAAGGGUAUCAACACCCUCUUCAUCAACAUCGUCGAGUCACUGCUCCUCUCCAAGCCUGAAAACCCCGUUCAACACAUCAUCGAGUACCUCAAGACCAACUUCCCGGAGCAAGCUACAUCCAGAAAACCCGACGCACCUCCCAUCGCGACUGGACAUCAUUCGGAUGAAUCGGAGAGCGAAGACGAACCAGAUGAAGAUUCAAUCGGUGAAAUGCAGCCCACGACCCAACCUGUGAGGCCGUUUGGCAAAGGUCGACGGACAUCAGUGUCCGCCGAAACGUUGGACCCUGAAAGCGCCAAACCGUUGGAGGCCGUGAGCCAUCCGAAGUCACAGGAGGAACGAAAGCGCAUUUCAGACAUUUUGGCGGACAACAUUCUGUUCAAGUCCCUAGAUGAAAAGCAAUCCAAGAUUCUGUUGGAUGCGUUUUUCCCCAAAGAAUUCGACAUCGGCGAGACGAUCAUCAAGCAAGGCGAUGAUGGUGACAACUUUUACAUAUUGGACACGGGCGUGUGCGAAGUGUACAAAGACGAAAACCUCGUGUUGACGUGCACGGAGGCCAUGUCGUUUGGUGAAUUGGCGCUAAUGUAUAACGCCCCGCGCGCGGCCACAGUCAAAGUCAAGGAAAAGUCCAAGGUGUGGGCGCUCGAUCGCCAAACGUUCAAGUACAUCAUUAUGGAAACGACGAUGAAGAAGCGCGACACGUACAAAGGGUUCAUUGAAAAGGUGCCGCUGCUGGAGAGUCUCAGCGAGUACGAACGGCUCACCGUGGCCGAUGCUCUGCGUGUUGCCACCUUCGCCGACGGCGAAGUGAUCAUCCGUCAAGGCGACGAUGGCAACUUGUUUUACAUUUUGUCUGAAGGCACGGCAGUGUGCACGAAGCAGCUCUCGCCCAACGAACCGAUCCAGGAGAUCGGGGUGCUGUCGCAAGGCGCGUACUUUGGCGAAAUUGCGCUGUUGACGACGCGUCCACGACAAGCAACUGUGACGGCCAAGGGCGAAGUCAAGUGCUUGACCCUCGAUCGAAAGACGUUCAAGCGCGUGAUGGGCCCGUUGGAGAACAUUUUGAAGCGCAACCUGGCCCAGUACAACCUCGUCAUGGCGAACACCAUCUAAGCUUCAUCGACGACGCGCAAGCGACUACAGAUAUAUUCGACACCUACGAAAUUGUUUUAUAUACUUAUACAAUCAUGAAACGACGUGUGUCGCGUGUGCAAGG